UCCGCCUAUGUACCCCCGCACCUCCGAAAGGUGGAUGCCCAAAAAUCAGAAGCUCUGACUAAACUUACCAGGCAACUAAAAGGCCUGCUCAACCGAAUGAGCGAACAAAAUAUCGCGGCCAUCUUGGACGACGUCGAAGAAGCAUACAGAAAACAUCGACGGCACGACGUGACCUCCUGCCUGACGUCUCUCAUCACCGAGGGCAUCGCGGCUCACUCUAUUCUGCUCGACUCGUACGUCGUCCUCCACGCCGCCUUCGUGUCCAGCCUCCACAAAAUCGUCGGCGUCGAAUUCGCGGCCUACUUCGUGCAGCACGUCGUCGCCCUCUACGAGCGGCACUACGACGCGCUGCGGGGCGCGCCGGCGGGCCCAGGCGACGAGACCGAGACGCGCGGGAAGGAGUGCUCGAACCUCAUCGUGCUCCUCUCAGAGCUGUACAACUUCCAGGUGAUCUCCUGCGUCCUGGUCUACGACGUCAUCCGCAACCUCCUCGACGGCGCGCUGGACGAGUUCAGGGUCGAGCUGCUGCUGAAGCUCCUGCGCAGUUCGGGGCAGCAGCUGCGCCAGGACGAUCCGUCUGCGCUGAAGGAUAUCAUCCAGAUCGUCCAAGGGAAGACGUCGGGCGAUCAGCAGUCUGCGAGCUCGCGCACUCGGUUCAUGGUCGAGACCCUGGUCAACCUCAAGAACAACAAGACGAAGCGCUCGGCGACGCAGCACGCGGGGGGCGACGCCGUCGAGCGCAUGAAAAAGUUCCUCGCGGGACUGAGCAAAAAACGACAAGUGGCGGCCCACGAUCCGUUGCGCGUGAGCCUCAACGACCUCCACUCCGCCGAGACCAAGGGGAAGUGGUGGCUCGUGGGCGCCGCGUGGGGCGGCGACCCUCUGCUCGAGCAGCAGCAAGCCAGCGCGAACCGCGAUGGGGGCGCCGCGCCGCCGGAGAGCGCGUCGGAAAGCUCGCUGGUCAAGCUGGCGAGGAAGCAGGGGAUGAACACGGACAUUCGGCGCAGCGUCUUCGUCGUGCUGAUGAGCAGCGACGAUUACGUCGAUGCGUGCGAGCGGCUCGCGCAGCUCAACCUUACGGAGAUCCAGCAGAGGGAAAUCGUCCGCGUCCUGCUACACUGUUGCGGCAACGAAAAGUCGUAUAACCCUUACUACACGUUCGUGGGCCAGCAUCUCUGCCGGAGCUCGCACUCGUACAAGGUCACGAUGCAGUUCUGCCUGUGGGACUUUCUGCGCGACCUCGGCGAGACGAACGUCGGCGGGGCGGAGGUCAUCAAAAACCUCAAGGACGACAACGCCGCCGUCGGCUUUGACGUGAAGAAGAUCUCGUCUUCGAGGAUGCGGAACGUGGCGAGGGCUUAUGCGUGGUGGGUGGCCAAGGAUGCGAUCACCCUCGCCGUGUUCAAGCCGGUUGAUUUCAUGGCGAUCAAGCCCCAAGCGCGGGCCUUCUUGAAGGAGUUCUGCAUGCAGCUGUUCGUCAGCAGCCAGUCGUCCGUCCCCGUCCUGACCGCCCACGUCGCCAACAUGCCGUCGACGCGGAAUCGAGGCCCUCUGCAAGAGGUCUUCGCCAGAGCGACGCGGGUGCAGGCGCUCGCGGUCGGCCUGGUGUACUUUCUCACGGACGCGUUCCGCAGGGCUGACGGAGAGGGCGGCGGCGGCGGCGACGGCAACUUUGUGACAUGGGCGAGAGAUGUCGCGGUGGAUACGUUGCGGAUGGGGCUGGAUACUAUUUCUACACUCUGA